AAGAAUGCAUUUGUUGGCCGACGACAGCUGCUCACCAAGGUGAUGUGUUCGCCUUACGACAAAGACCCCUGGAAGUUUGGAGUGAUCUUCAGGGACGACAACUAUUACAUGUGCGAGUUCGACCGGGAGAAAACGGCCACGCCCAACCCGGGGGAUGAGACGUGAGUGCGGUCAAUAUUUUGGGGAUGGAAAAUGUUGCAGUACUUGACCGCAGAUGAGGCGGAUGGCAAACCAAAACCAGAUCGCCAAUGCAACAAAAAGGAAGAGUUUGACGUUGUCAGCAAGCUGGAAGUAAAUGACCAUGUUCUAGCGUACUAUUACGGCGUGGAUGCCUACGACAAGGACGCUAAUUGCUACGUGGACAUCAAAACCUGCAAGCACGUACCCGAGCAUGACGAACGCAAGCUUAGAAUCUUUCAGAGACACAAACUGCUGAAGUGGUGGGCACAAUGUCAGCUUGGCGCUGUUUCUGAAGUAGUCGGUUGCUAUAGAGACGAUUCGGGGAUAGUCACCCGCCUCAAGCGCAUGCCCACACGAGAAAUGCCGAACAGCGCAAGGGAAUGGUCGGCAAAUGUCUGCUACAAUUUCCUCGACCAGUUUCUGACCUGGGUGAAACAAAGGAUUCCCGCUGUCGAUGCCGAUACGCGGGUGCACGUGUUCGAGUAUGUUCCGCAAUCAAAGAUUGUCCGUUACAGUCAGACAAGAGACGAGGCGAAAAUGUUCCUACCGGACUGGUAUGUGGAUAGCCAGUAACAUACGAGACACGUGAUCGCAGUUGAUUUUCCAAACCUGAAAAGACGAUAUAUUUCUAUUGUUUUUAAUAGUGGAACAGUGUUUAACCAACUUUGCAUUGCAGGUUAUCUAUAAUGUUGAAUAUUUUUAACCACUAUUUUAUUUUUACCUAUUGAUGUUAUAGGAAUAUCUUGAUACUUUUAUAUUAUAUUUGGGAUUUUUAAUUAGUUUUAUAUUGCAUUGAACCUUUUACAAUACUCACUAUUUUAGCUCGUCUAUUUAGCGAAAAGGUGUAUCAAUACUUAUGAACAGUUAGUCGGCGUUGGCGUUAUGUUCUUGUUGAGAUUUGUUUGUUUUCGUUUUCAUAAUAUUGAUAAAUCAAUGGAUUACAAAAGAAAAUACACAUCACUUUUAAACACCACAUGACUUAAGUCUGCAUAGAAAAGAUAAUUUUAUUGGAUGCAGGAAACAUGCCAGCAGAGAACUGAUAACUAAUUUACGUAUUAUAUCAGCGAACACCGUGUGUAUGUAACUGUUUAUAUAACGCUCCAUUCCAUUGGUCAAAUAACAUGCAGAAUGACACAUGCAAGUCAAUAACGCGAUGUUUUAAAUUAAGUAUUUGUGUUAUACAAUGGACUUAUUGAGAUAAGUAAAGUGACCGAACAGUUUAAAUUCUUGUUAUUGUGGUGGAGGGUUCUUUAAAUGUUCGAUGGAAAUUUACGUAAAAUUUAAACGGUAAUUUAUUUGAUGAAUUAUGAUAGUACCUAUGAUAGUUGAUCAAAAACUUUCUAUCUAAGAAUUGUCUGCUUACACCAACUGCUUUAAAUUGGAAAAGGAAGACGGCGAUGAUCUUAGGCAUCUUGUAUGCCGCAUGCAGAUUUUCAACUCAUAAUAUAAGCAUACAAAACUAAACGAAAACAUUGAAGAUUGUAAACCAUACACAACUUUCAUAAUAAAGAUAAGAGCCAGCAGAGCUUUUUCUUUUAUAUGGAAGUAAACAAAACGUGUGAAAAAGACUGCAAGAAGACUUGUUUAUAUACUUCAACUUUCAAUAUCAUCGGGAAUAAAUGCAGCAUCACAUCAUGCUUGACGUAACAUUUUAUAAGUUUAAAAUGGCAGCCAUCUUUUGCUUUGGUCUUUUAUUUUGGUGAAACAAUAAAGUAAAUUUGAACAAUACCUGUGUUCACAUAAGCCCCCUGUCAAAGGUAAUAAGCGCUCAUACUUUUAAGAACCUGGAAAAUAAUUUGUCCAAACCACAAACGAACCGUUUAAAACAUUUGAUGUCAAAUUUUAGAUGUUGUAGUCACCAAAUAACGUUUAAGAAGGGGAAGGUAUCUCCGAACUGAUCACUUUCAAAAUUCCAAAUUUCAAAACGUUUCUAUGUUGCUAAAACCAAAAUGUCGUUUGUGUUGGAAGCGAACAAUGUUUUCAACUGAACUUGUUUUGCAUUCACAAUUACGGAAAAGAUAUUUUCAACUGAAUGUCUAUUGCAUUCAAAAUAACGAGAAGGAUAUUUUCAUCUGAAUUUGUAUCGCAUUUACAAUUAUGGAGCAAAAUGACUUUCAAGAACAACCGCAAGGCAUAUAUCAUGUUGCAUGAAGGUUUCUUUGCUUGACGGCUUGAAGUACUACAUAGAUAAAGUAUAAAUUAUAAUCCUACUGGACAUUUUUCUUUACCGUGAAUAUGGUUUGUUAUAAUGAUAUUCUGAUCCGAAACGUAAUGGAUGAGACAACAACGUCAUAAUAAACACCAGAAAGUUGUUACCAAAUGUAUUAUAGAUACUUGCAUUAUUUUAAAAUGUUUAAGCAAUUUGAUCAAUAACUAUUCAUAAUAAAGCACCAUUUGAGAUAUGUUAAAUUCAAUGGAUGUCUGAUAAAGAAUUAUAUUUAUCAAUCAACAAAUAAAAAACUAAUUUUGA